AUGACCCGAAACCUCCAAGUAGUUACUUGGAAUGCCAACGACUUGACGGAAAGAUGUCAAGAAUUAGAAACUUUUCUCAGAACAGAGAUGAUUGACAUAGCACUAAUCUCUGAAACAAGAUUCACACCGCAUCCAAUCAUCCAACUGGGAACAGCCAUGGAGGAACAGCAAUACUCAAAUGAACUCAAAGCUCUUAUCAGCACCCUAGAAAAUGCUAAUAUUCAACACUAUCUCUCAAAUCUAGAUCCAACGAGAGACACAAACUACUCACUAUGGAAGGCUACCAAGAAUCUAAAGCGCCCGAAAAACCGUACAUUACCUAUCAAUGAUGAAAAAGGAGGUUGGGCUAGAUCAGAUAAAGUAAAGGCAACAAUCUUUGCGGAACAUCUGAAAACAGUUUUCCAACCACUCCCCGAAAACAAUCCCGAACACACUAUGGAAAUCAAAGAAUACCUCGAAUCAGCGAAUCAAAUGUGUUUACCACUAAAAAGUACCAGCCCAAAAGAAAUUGUGGAAGAAAUAAGGAACCUCAAGGAUGGUAAAGCACCCGGCUAUGGCCUGAUUGAUGCCACAUUACUUAAAAAUCUGCCUCAUAAAGCAGAUAUCCCAAAAACUGACUACACCACGACUGCGACAUACGUUGAUGAUAUGGCACUUCUGUCAGAUCAUAGAAAUCCAGAAACGACAUCAUCACAGCUGCAAAACCACCUGACAGUUGAGAGGUGGCUGAAGCAUUGGAGAAUAAAAGCCAAUGAGAACAAAUCGGUACAUGAAACGUUUACUCUUAGGAGAGAAACAUGUCCACCGGUAACGCUAAAAUGUAAAGUUAUCCCUCAAGAAAAUAACGCAAAAUACUUGGGCAUGCACCUAGACUGGAAACUUACAUGGCAAAAACAUAUUUGGACAAAGCGCAAACAACUAGAUGGAAAACUGCGGACACUGAACUGGUUACUGGGACGCAAAUCACAACUAAAUCCUAACAGCAAGAUGCUAGUGUACAAAACCACCAUAAAACCAAUCUGGACUUACGGGAUACAACUGUGGGGAACGGCCAGCAACAGUAAUAUAGAUAUCUUGGAGAAAUUCCAGAGAAAAGUUCUGAGAACAAUGUUUGGCAUCCCUCAUAGUUUAAGUAAUAGAUACGUAUACCUCGACCUUGGUCUAAAAACAGUUCGACAGGAAAUAGCUCAAAACAGCCUGAAAUACCAGGAGAAGCUGACCGUCCAUGUAAACAAUCUCUGA